AUGGCUUCCGAGACAUUCGACGCCCUUUGCAAGCAAGUAUACUCUCAACUGUUAAACAAACUCGAGAGAAAAGACGACCCAAGUUUAAGAUUUGCUACAAAUGGGACAGCUGAGCGAGUGCUCCAUAGCGAUCUGUUGACGCGACUGUUUCAAAGUCUACUUGUCGCACAUCACACAGCUGCAGAACAAUUUGGACUUACCGAGGAUGAGCUUGUCAAAAGGGUAGAGGAUCGAGAACUUCAUGAUUUUCUUGCAGUUUUACUGUUUGCCUCAUGCGGAAUUGAAGCUGCGAGAAGAUUUACCAAAAAGCUUGUAGCUAGGAAUGAAUGGCCCUUGAAAGGCAGGGUCACCGGAAACGAUAUUCAUGUACUGCCAGCCUCCCGCGGUGAUCUCUUGCACCUGUUCAAGGACGACGUCAUUGUUGACCAAUUCUGCAGCUCGCAGGCAUGUUUCAGCACAGUGGUCAUUCGGAACAGACAAGAGGUCAUCGUCGAGAGUCUUGCUUCGCAGCGUCUACCAUACCUAGAAGAGGAGGAACUGGGCAGCGGCUCCUUUGGCAAGGUGUUCAAAGUGAAAAUAGCCAAGGGCCAUUUCAAAGAUACGCGACAUGGAACCUUGAACGCUAUGACUAUGGACGUUGCUCGUAAGGAUUACAUUACUACCGCGCAGUUCGACGGUGAAAAGGAGCGCAAUAUGAUGGAGAAAAUUCUCAAGGGAUCAACCCGGAAAUGCGAGAAUAUUUUGGGUAAUUUCGGAAGUCUUCGUAUCGGCACCGAUGGAUAUAGUCUUUUCAUGCCGUGUGCGAUUUGCGAUCUUAGCGAUUACAUGACGAAAUAUCAUCCUACCCGACGCAGCACUGUGGACGAAAAGGCACCGAUAGUAUUAGCGGCGAAGGGACUUGCUGAGGGAUUGGAUUUUCUUCACAAUGAGAUGACGGGGCCGGAUCAACAGGAUAUGGUGUGCUAUCAUAUGGAUCUGAAACCUUCUAACAUCUUGAUUUUCCGUGAUACCGCCUAUGAUGGUGGAACACGAUUUGUGUGGAAAUUGAGUGAUUUCGGUAUGGCUCGAGUCAAAUAUCGAAAGCGUGGCCAGACUGUUGAACGGGAAGAAAUGGAUUUCAACAGCGCUUUCAAGCACCGAAUAAAACCAGAAUCAGAACGGUCUCCCUCGGGGACUCGAAAUCGGCAUGGGGAGGGCACCUAUCUCCCUCCUGAAUCGUUGACAUCGACGCGGACAAUGACAACAGCCAGUGAUGUCUGGGCUCUGGGCUGUGUACUGAGCGUCGUCUUUGUAUAUUUAGAAGAGGGUGGGGAGGGUGUUGAGAAUUAUCAGAUGAGAAGACUCAAACAUGCAGACUCGGAUGGAUACGAUCGGUUUUUUGUCCGUGGUCGAAGCUUCCAGCCGAACCACGACCAUCCAGAGGUGAAGAAGACGCAUGCACGGCUCGUCAAACAAGCAUCUCAAAGACAAGCCGAGGAAAUGCAUGCAGUCCAGUCUAUGUUGAGUUAUUUGGAGCAAAGAGUCCUUGUGCUGGAUCAAGGGGGAAGAGACGGGGUGAAAAAAGUCAAGGAGAAACUGUCUCAAACGUACACUUAUUUCAAGAGUAUGCCACCUGUUGAGAACCAUCCACAAGGACACCACAAUUUGAUGGACAGAAUUCGCCAUAGACGAACUCGCAGCAGAAACUCCCCUUUCUCAAAUUGGCAGGUUGAAUCCUGGAAGUUGUCGGCAGCCAUAGGUCUAAAAGGCUGCGAAAUAUCGCCCAAGGGGAAUCUAGUAGCGUACUGGAAUGAUACCAAGAUCUAUGUAUACAACGAGCUUUCCGUUCCGCCGAAAAUGAACUUUGCAGAAACACCAAUUGCACUGCCAGCUGCUGAAUAUGCUUUAAGCUUGACUGAUUGUAUUUGGAAGUCUGUUGCUUUGACGGAUAGGUUUCUGAUAGCUUCUACGACAGGUGCUGUUUUUCAGUGUUAUAUAUAUGAUCUGGUGUUUGAGCGCCGAUACCGAAGUACUUUACCACUACCGGAAAUCAGUCGACUUGCUAUUUCUCCUGACAGCAAGAUGCUGGCAUGUGUCAUGCAGAGCAAAGAAGAGGGACAAGAGUGCGGCUCUGCAUUUCUCGUUCCUAUCGAAGAGCUGAUUCAAGAAGCACCGAGACAAUUGACUCCGUCAACACAGGGAUCCUCCGAAAGUGAAGGCAGUCUAUCAAGACGAGGCCUGCCCCAUGAUUCAACAACAUUGAAACUCGACUGGCCAGCAAGUGAUAUCACUUAUAUAUCAUUCCCAACGCAUGACGAGGUAUAUUUGAUCGUCCAGCCGCAGAUUACGGCACGCAGUCGUGAGAACGAAAUUCCCAUCAUUCAUCUAUCACUCAAAACCAGGCCAAGACUUUCACAGACUGUGUUUUUCAGAGCGCAAGGACUCGACCCCGUUAACACAUUAGGUCUGUUUACAGCCUUCACAACCUUCCGCCAACAACAAUCGACCUGCGCAUUCAUAGCGCGGGGAAAACAGCUCUUUAUCAAGAACGUUGCAGAUCGUGGAAGUAUUGCCCUUGAAACAACGAUUCAAAAUUACCGCGUCUUGAAGUUGGUCAUGGACUGUAACGACAGAAAGAUUUUCGCUCUGGGUACACCGGCAGGUACCAAUCGGGUCUUUCUACUAGAAAUGACCGUCCCGCAGUAUGAUGUAGACAAGGUUAGCGUUACAGAACUGGUGUCUCUACCAGAUCUAUCGCAAGAUGAUGAAACUACGAUGGUUCUUUCAUCAAGCUCCUCCAAACAAGGAGGUGACUAUAUUCUAAUAGCGGCGCUUACAAACGCAAGUCGACGCUGGAUAUAUCGUAUUUCGCUACCGGAUUCUUCAACGGCGGCUUAA